ACAAGGGAUUUGUGGCGAGAGUGGACACAACCCUGUACAUAUCAUAUCAUAUAUCGUACUCUUUACCGUGACACAAACUGUGACAAUCGAUUUAGAUUGACUGGCAUAAACUAACUGGUGUUUAAUCUCUUGUCAUAUAUAACUCACUACCUUUAAUCGUUUAUAAUACAGAAACAGUAUGGCAGACAAUGCGAUGGACAACUCUGGCAGACUUGUGAAGAUGGAGGUGGAUUACAGCAGUACUUGCGAUACAAAAAUACCAGAAUGCAAGAAGCUUGCUUCUGAAGGGAAGCUACAUGAUGCUUUAGAUCAAUUGUUAGCUUUAGAGAAACUUACCAGAACUGGUGCUGAUAUGGUAUCGACAUCGAGACUUCUUGUAGCCAUAGUUGAAAUUUGCUUGGAGGCAAAGAAUUGGUCAGCGCUUAAUGAACACAUAAUCUUAUUGUCAAAAAGACGUUCUCAACUUAAACAGGCUGUUACAAAGAUGGUACAAGAAUGUUGUACUUAUGUAGACAAAAUGCCUAAUAAAGAAACUAUGGUAAAACUUAUUGAAACUCUUCGUUCAGUCACAGAAGGAAAGAUAUAUGUAGAAGUGGAAAGAGCAAGGCUCACUCACCGUUUAGCCAAAAUAAAAGAGGAAGAAGGAGACAUUGCAAGCGCUGCGGCUGUAAUGCUUGAAUUACAGGUGGAAACGUAUGGCAGUAUGUCACGUCGGGAGAAGGCUUCCCUUAUUUUGGAACAAAUGAGACUUUGUCUGGCAAAACAAGAUUUUAUGAGAACGCAAAUAAUAGCGAAAAAAAUUAAUGUUAAAUUUUUCACCGACGAAAAUGAUGAGGAAACCCAGGCUUUGAAAUUAAAAUAUUACGAUUUGAUGAUGGAGCUGGCUCGUCAUGAAGGUUGGCAUUUGGAAUUGUGUCGGCACAAUCGAGCAGUAUUAGAAACACCAGCAAUUCGAGACAAUUCAGAGAAAAGACAUACUGCACUUUCUCGAGCAGUUCUCUAUCUUGUACUCGCUCCGCACGAGCCUGAACAGGCUGAUUUGACUUAUAGAUUGCUCGCCGACAAACUGCUCGACGAAAUACCAACAUACAAAGAAUUAUUGCGUUUAUUUGUAAAUCCUGAAUUGAUAAAAUGGUCGGGAUUAUGCGAAAUUUAUGAAAGGGAUCUCAGAUCAACCGAAGUCUUUUCUUCUUCAACUGAGGAAGGACGCAAACGAUGGGCAGACUUGCGGAAUCGUGUUGUAGAACAUAAUAUCAGAAUCAUGGCCAAAUAUUAUACCAAGAUUACAUUAACUCGCAUGACUGAGUUACUUGAUCUCCCAACAGAAGAAACAGAAGCAUGUCUUUGCAAUUUAGUAGAAACUGGAGUAAUCAGUGCACGUACGGAUCGUCCAGCUGGUGUAGUUCGUUUUACUAGUACACAAGAACCAGCUGCUCUUUUAGAUACAUGGGCUGCAUCAUUAUCGAAACUGAUGGGCCUUGUGAAUCAUACCACCCAUUUAAUUCAUCAAGAAGAAAUGUUAGCUAUUGCGCAAUCUUAAUUGAUAUAUAUCAUAUAUUGAUGUAUAUUGUAUUUCUCACAUUAUAUAUUUUAUUCUCAUUCAACAUUAGCAUACUCUAUGUACAAUUUAUAAAUUUAUUAACGAAUCAACUAAUUACAUACAGUUAUUAUUUUGGAUCGUCAAAA